CCUUCUCUCCCUCCCUCCCUCCCUCCCCGAGCAGGGACCGAGCCGGUGACAUGGCUGCGAAAACUGAGAGUCAGGGCAAGUCGCCCAGCUGCUUUGGCUACCCUUUGAGCAUCUUCUUCAUCGUCAUCAAUGAGUUCUGUGAGCGGUUCUCUUACUAUGGCAUGCGAGCGGUGCUCGUUCUGUAUUUCAAGUAUUUCCUGCACUGGGAUGACAACUUGUCUACAGCCAUCUACCACACAUUUGUUGCUCUGUGCUACCUGACACCAAUCCUUGGAGCGCUCAUAGCGGACUCUUGGCUGGGGAAGUUUAAGACCAUUGUCUCCUUGUCCGUUGUCUAUACCAUUGGGCAGGCAGUCAUGUCUGUGAGCUCCAUAAAUGACCUAACGGAUCACAACCGGGAUGGCUCUCCUGAUAAUGUAUCGGUGCACAUUGCUCUCUCCAUGAUUGGCUUGAUCCUCAUUGCACUUGGUACUGGUGGGAUCAAACCUUGUGUGUCAGCAUUUGGUGGAGAUCAGUUUGAAGAUCAUCAGGAAAAGCAAAGAACUCGAUUCUUCUCCAUCUUUUAUUUGUCUAUUAACGCUGGAAGUCUCCUGUCUACUAUAAUUACACCAAUUCUCAGAGGUCAAGAGUGUGGCAUCCACAGCAAACAGCGAUGUUACCCGCUGGCUUUUGGAGUUCCUGCUGCCCUCAUGGCUGUUGCUUUGGUUGUGUUUGUAAUUGGAAGCAGGAUGUACAAGAAAGUUCAGCCUCAAGGCAAUAUAAUGGUUCAAGUUUCCAAAUGCAUUGGGUUUGCCAUCAAAAACCGGUUUCGGCAUCGCAGCAAAGAGUUCCCCAAGAGAGAGCACUGGCUGGACUGGGCGAGUGAGAAGUAUGAUAAACGACUGAUUGCUCAAACUAAGAUGGUGAUGAAGGUGCUUUUCCUUUACAUCCCUCUUCCCAUGUUCUGGGCACUUUUUGACCAGCAGGGGUCAAGAUGGACACUGCAAGCCACAACAAUGGAUGGGAAUUUUGGAGCUAUUCAGAUUCAGCCAGACCAAAUGCAGACUGUGAAUCCAAUCCUGAUUAUUAUAAUGGUCCCAGUUGUAGAUGGCGUGAUUUAUCCUUUAAUCAAGAAAUGCAAGAUUAAUUUUACGCCCCUGAGGAAAAUCACCGUUGGCAUGUUCCUCGCAUCUUUGGCUUUUGUUGCUGCUGCCCUUGUGCAAGUGCAAAUAGACAAAACUAUUCCACAUUUCCCUACAGCUGGGCAAUCCCAAAUCAAAAUAAUAAAUCUAGGUGCUGAUGCUGCAACGGUUAACUUUGAACCUCAGAUUAAGACUGUGAAUGUAACAUCUAAGGAGUGGACAGACUACAUUACAUUCGAGAAUUCCCAGUUGCAAUCAUUAAACGUAAUCUCCGGAAAUAAUACUAAAACCCUACUUAUCACGUUUCCAGGAGGAAACCGUCACACUCUUGAAAUUAAAAAUACCACGACGGGCAUUUUUGCUGAAUUGAUAUUGGACAAUGUCACAUCAAAACCAGAAGAAGGAAAUAAUCUCAUCAGGUUCAUAAACAAUUUGCCCUAUACUGUCAACGUCACUAUGGGUGACACUUCUUUUGGAGAACUGACAUCUCUUUCUAGCAGUGAUUACAAUAUCUUUCAAGGAGGAAGAAAAUAUAAUGUUGAAGUUAUUAGAAAUUCAGUGCCUUGUUCAUUUACUUCAAAUGCAUUAGGAUUUGGCAGUGCCUAUACAAUUGUAAUUAAUGAGUGUUCUGAACAGACUUCUGAUGUAACAUAUUCUGAAGAUAUCCCACCCAACACAGUCCAUAUGGCUUGGCAGAUCCCUCAGUAUUUUAUUCUGACUUGUGGAGAGGUAGUUUUCUCUGUCACUGGGCUGGAGUUUUCGUACUCACAGGCCCCAUCUAAUAUGAAGUCUGUGCUGCAGGCAGGGUGGCUGCUAACGGUGGCUGUCGGUAACAUAAUUGUCCUCAUUGUAGCUGGAGCAUCGAAACUCAGUGAGCAGUGGGCAGAGUAUGUGCUGUUUGCUGCCUUACUGUUGGUAGUUUGCAUCAUUUUUGCUGUCAUGGCUUAUUUUUAUACCUAUGUUGAUCCCAAUGAGAUUGAAGCCCAACUUGAUGAAGAAGAAAAGAAACAAGUCAAAAAGGAUGAAAACCUCUGUGACAAGCCAGUUGAAGCUGACUCUCGGAUGUAAAAGGUGCAGUCAAGGAGUGUUGAUAAAUUAUGGUAUCUUGUUAACUACCACUGCAAUAAGAGGAAUCGGGGUUUCAGUAACACUUCUGGAUAAUCUCACAGGAGAGGUUAAGAAAAACUGUUUUAACUUAAAAUACAGCCUCUCCUAGGAAGCAAGAGGAAAAGAUCAGUCUCUCCUGUACUGAACGUGGUAUCUUCAAUAAACUUCAGCAGAAUUUGCACUCUUAACGUACCUCAAGCUUAAAUACCAUAUCAUUUAAAUAUUGAAAGCACACUUGGCACUACUAGACCCUGUGAAAAGAUGUAUUUUUAUACUACAUUUCAAUUUUAUGUCAUGAAAGAAAGAAAAAUCGCCAAGAAAUAGUAAUCGAAGCAACAUUGUCUGUGUGACCCCUCCAGCCUCACUGUUACUUGAAAGCAGCAGGUCACAUGUGCCUUAUUCUUUUGUACUUCCCUACAGGUAAUGGAAGCAAAGCUUGGGCAUAGCUCAGAUUAAAAAGCUGUCUGUGCUCCACAUCGCAGUAACUUGGACAUGCACUGUAAUAUAACACCUCAUGUGCCUGUAAACUACCCAUUUAACCCCUGUUAUGUUUAUAAUUAAAUAUAUUCAUGAGAUGUCCACUCAGGUAAACAGAAAAUAGCAAAUGACAUUUGGAAUAAGUAAAUACAGUAAAACAUGCACAGUAAAAAAUAAAAAUAAAAAAAUAAAUAAAUAAGUAAAAUAACGGAAUUAGUGUAAGAGUAUGACUGCAGUUGCAUGUUAAUAAAACCAUCAUUUAGAGUAUGGAAGAAUAUAUUUGCUGCUUAACAGGAUUCCGUAGCCCUCUGUAUGAUGUUACAGAGUGACAGUGGUCUCUGUAUCACUUUGGGAAUUCCUGUAUUUAGAUCCGUGUC